AUGGUGAACUGUCUGAGUGGAUGGAGUAAGGAUGGAGACGAGUGCCAGGCCAUUAAUAACUGUCUGGAUCCAUCCAGAGGAGGGUGUCACCCUAAUGCCACCUGCAUCUACGUGGGCCCAGGACAGACUGACUGUGCUUGCAAAAGUGGUUACCACGGCAACAGGAGGGAGUGUGAACCUGUCAAUCAGUGUGUGGAGCAGAAGGGUGGAUGCCAUUUCCUGGAGGUGUCGACCAUCCCAGAUCUUCUAGGAUUUAACCAGUGGAUCUCCAUGAGCAGAAAGAGAAGAUGCAUGUACAGCCGGGUGUUGCAUGGAGACACGUUGCUGACCAUUGGAUGUAAAUUUUCUUGUGAGAAAAUCGCCAUUAGUGCAAGUGUGUCCACGGACGCUGCAAAGAUGGUAUAGAUGGAGAUGGCAGCUGUGCAUGUGAUCUGGGCUGGAGAGGAGUAAACUGUGACAUUGCUGCUUGGUGAAUGUGGUGGACAGCUCAUAUUACUGUAGUUGUGCUGCAGGAUUUCAGGGAAAUGCCACAUAUUGUGAAG